UUGACUGUAUUCUCUGUUGCCAGAAUGUCACUGCCCUGGAGGGUCCGCAGUUCAAGAAACGGAAAGUGCAAGCAAGAUCUGGUGCUGCAGGCUCCUCUGCGCACCACUCUGCUGUCAUUCCAGCCUACCCUUCUGCAGGCACCCUGGCAGAUCCUGCACCUUGCUCUUCUGCAGACACCCUGGCAGAUCCUAUACAGUACUCUUCAGCAGAUUCUGUGGCAGACCCUACUAUGAACCCUUCUGCAGAAGCCUCUUCAGACCCCUCAGCAGAACCCCCAUCCCGACACAUCCUCUCACUCCCCAAUGAAGUCCUCUUGGCCAUCUUCUCCUUCCUCGACAUUACCAACCUGCCUUCGGUUCUUGGCGUCUGCUCGCGCUGGAGGGAAGUCAUAACCGCAAGCCGAAGAUGGCAGAUGCUGGACUUCACAGCGGUGGAAGACUCUGGCCUUCAUGUGAAAGUGGCCAUGGCUGUGGGACACCAGGCCCGGAGGGUGCUGGGGGCGGCGCCCCUGGGCAAGGUGGUGGAGCAGGUGCUGAGGAAUUGUCCAAAUCUGGUGGAACUCAGCAUGCCUGAUGCUAUCAUUGGGGUGAAGAUACUUAGGGAUAUCAUUGCCAUGUGUCCGAUGAUAGAAAGCAUC